GCUUCCUGCAGUACAACCGCCGCCAGCUCUCCAGAGUUUAUCCCCGAGGACAGAGGCUGGACUCAUCCAACUACGACCCGCUGCCCAUGUGGCUCUGCGGCUCCCAGCUGGUCGCACUCAACUUCCAGACCCCAGAUAAACCCAUGCAGCUGAACCAGGCGUUGUUCAUGCUCGGAGGAGGCAGCGGCUUCGUCCCCCAGCCCGACAUCAUGAGGGACGACGCUUUUGACCCUUUCGACAAGGACUCGCUGCACGUGGAGCCAAUCACCAUCCAGUUACAGGUGCUUGGGGCCCGACACCUCCCGAAAAACGGCCGCAGCAUCGUCUGUCCCUUCGUGGAGGUGGAGAUCUGCGGAGCUGAUUACGACGGCUGCAAGUGCAAAACGGACGUCGUAGCCGAUAACGGCCUGAAUCCCGUGUGGGUGCAGAAGCAGUUUGUGUUUGACAUCCACAACCCGACCUUUUCCUUCCUGCGCUUCACCGUCUACGAGGAGGACAUGUUCAGUGACCCCAACUUCCUGGCACAGGCAACAUAUCCCGUCCGACUGCUCCGCACAGGUUACAGGAGUGUAUCUCUGAAGAACAGCUACAGCGAGGAGCUGGAGUUGGCGUCACUUCUCGUCCACAUUGAGAUCGUCAAUGCAAAGGAGGAAGACGACGAGAACUUGUACACGUCCAUCCAGCUGCUGCGGGAUCGAACCAGCGAGCUGUCGAACCAGGUGUCGGUCCUGGAGCGGUCGGGCUCGGCCGACCUCAGCUACCAGCAGAGUCUGGAGGAGCUGCGAGCGGCUCAGGAUCAGCUGAGCGAGCUGGUGGAGGCUCGAAACCGCAGGCUGACGGAGAAGAAGAGGAGGGAGAAGCUGAGGCAGCAAGUGGCAGCAAAGCGCAGUUAAAUUCUCUCGUCCUCUAGAGGGCGCUGAACUCAAACUGUGCCUGACUGAGCGGCGAAGUGACGCUUGAUUUUCUACAGUGGCGAAAUGCAAUCCACCAAUAACUGCAGGAGAGAAAACGCGUUCCCUCCGAAUAAACUGUUGAGGAUUCCCAGCAGCGAGCUGUAGCUAACAUCAGAGGAAGAAGAGACGAACACAAACAUAAAAAACUCAGAAAACUUGAAAUAUAAAAACAAUCAGACUCAGGCUGAAACACACGAUGAGUAAAUUAGUAAAUCACUUCUGAAUUUUGCACGGACAGAAAAUUGAAUAAUUGAUUAUUGAUUAAUCAUUUUCAGGCAAUAAAAUUUGCUGAUUAAUGCUUUUCUUCAUCUUGUGCAAUAACAGCAACAAUUAGUCGAUUAAUCUAAUUGUCAAUCGUAGUGCUAAAGGCACUUUACACAGUGAGGUCGAGACCUUACAAUAUCAUAGAGAAACCCAAGCACUUUGCUAAUGUGAAGAGUAAAAACUACCUUCACAACAAAAAAAUAUACCAGGUGAAAAAUAAAAAUUUAAUUAUCUGCUAUUUUGAAUUUCAGUUCCUCCAGGAAAUCGCAAAUUUCACUGAUCAAUGCACAGUCGAGAUACAGUAUGUAGAGAACAUCAACCGAUCUCACAGCUAAAAUCUGCAAAAUCCUCAAAACUCUGAUCUGGGAGGAAGCAGAAGUAGAUCUUUGCAACGGUGGUGGAACGCAAACACACCAACGACAUCAGUCAUAGAUCAACACUUUUCUCCCUUACCCAUCAGUCCCAUUCAUUUCAAUCGACCUGCUCCACGUCACAGUCGGAGAUCUCAGUCUGAGAUCCACGACUUAUUCUCUGGGGAAAUAUCAGUAAAAAGUCAGAAAAUACAACAGGAAAGAAAGUGAUGAAAAAUACAACAAAAUUAAGAUGAAAAAAAUAUGGAUCAGAUCUGAUUUAGGAUCGAAGGGAGAAGAAAACUCAGGUUUCACUAGAGGAAGAAUCAAAUCCUCCUGAUAUGUGGCGGAAAUAUCAGAGCAGUGGGCACACGUAGCAAAAAAGAAAUAUCAUGUAUGUGCCUUUAAUUGUUGUGUUUGUCUCGAGUUCGAUUUCAGGAAGUUUCUCUGUAACUGGAACGAACUGGAGGAGGAAUCCCCUCGUUGGGUUCGGACCACUUCCCGUGAAAUGGGUUUAAAGGGAUUUAAAGACUGUUGAUCACAUGAACUCACUACUAACCAAACCACACGAGAAGACUGUCAAAGGGCUCUUAACUUUAUUGUACCUUCAAAGAGGCGUGAGAACGCUGGGCUGGGGGAGGUGGCGCCCCCUGGAUGUCACCUAAGGUACAGAGGUGUGUUGACUUUGUUCAGACAAACUCUAAAACAAGGGCUAUCACAGAAAACUAGCAAAGACUCACUCUCUCUGUUUUUACAUCCGAACCGAGUCGUCCGGCUCUGAUCAGCGACUGUGGUUCAGUCUGAUUCUGGAUCUACCAGACGCAGCUUGGACUGGACUAGCUGCACGGCUUCAUAUCCACCCCCUGUGGCUACUCCCCCUUCCCAUCAUGCCCUCCGUCUAAUUUCUCAUUGUAUAGAACGUCAUUUAUUUAUCAGACAGGUGUAGAUCCAGUUUUAAUAGAUGAUAGAACAUGAUAAUGGACGUCAGAUGGAAGAUACUGUAACUUUAUGUUGACAUUUUAAGUUGUGUUCUUAGAGCUCCCUUUAGAUGUCCACAUAGACACAAACCUCCGUCUAUGCAAACGUCCCCUCGGCCUGUAGCCAUUGUGUAUGAGACAACUUGACUCCAGUUGUGUUUUCUCUUUGUAUCUAUGCCAGUAUUAUUACUCUGCAUUAAACAUAAGUUUCCAUUUAAUAAAGCUCUUACGUGUA